UGUCUGUGCUCAUGUUUGUUUUGUUUUGGUGAAAUUUUUUACCGGCACUUAUUUUUUAUAUUUAUAUUGUAUUUGCUUAUUCUACUAAUUCUACUUGACAACAAGUUUGUUUGAAUAUCAAGCUUGGUGACCUUACAGCACAAACCCUCGUUGUCUUCAUUUAACGUAUUCGUCGUAUAUGAAUGAAACUUUUUGAGAUUUCAUCCAAAUUUCAACUGCAAAAUUCUAAAUUACUAUGAUACGUCUGUGCCUUAUUAUACUAUUCAUAAACUUGGUCCGUACGGCCGAAUAUGAUACGUCUGGUUAUUUGGUUUACUGUCCUUGCAUGGGCAGAUUUGGAAAUCAAGCAGACCACUUCCUUGGUGCAUUGGCAUUCAGCAAGAGUCUUAAUCGCACAUUAAUCCUACCGCCCUGGGUAGAAUACAGAUAUGGAGAACUUAAAUCUAUACAAGUUCCUUUUGAUACUUAUUUUAAAACUAAUGUGUUGCAAAAGUAUCAUAGGGUUAUUACAAUGGAAUCAUUUAUGAAAGAACUUGGUAGUAAAAUAUGGCCUCAAAAUAAAAGAGUAUCAUUUUGCUACACAAAGAGAAAUGGAGAAAUAACUAACAGUUGCAAUGCUAAAUCUGGUAACCCCUUUGGACCAUUUUGGGAUACAUUCAGUAUUGAGUUUGUGGAUUCAGAAUUCUAUGGCCCUCUUCAUUAUGAUGCACAUGAUACAGCUAUGAUUAAGAAAUGGACUUCCAAAUAUGCCGCUAGUGAAUGGCCAGUUCUAGCAUUUACGGGUGCACCUGCCAGCUUUCCAGUUCAAAAUGAAAAUAGAGGACUUCAUAAGUAUUUAAAAUGGAGUAAUGACAUCACAACAAGAGCUAAACAGUUCAUUAAAGAGAACAUGAGCGGCGGUAGCUUCUUGGGUAUCCACUUACGUAACGGUCAAGACUGGGUCAAAGCUUGCCAGCAUGUUCACAACAGUCCAACACUGUUUGCCUCCCCACAGUGUGUUGGGUAUAAGAAUGAACGAGGACCUUUGACUAUGUCUAUGUGCUUUCCAGAAAAGUCUGUAAUAUUUAAGCAGAUAAAGAGAGCAUUAAGAAAAGUUGAAGACACAAAGUAUAUUUUCGUUGCAUCAGAUUCAAACCACAUGAUAAAUGAAAUAAGUGCGGAAUUGAAAAGCACAGGUGUUAAAGUAUUGAGAUUAACUCCCUCGAAUCCCCACCUAGACCUGGCUAUACUGGGUCAAGCCAACUACUUCAUUGGCAACUGUGUAUCAUCUUACUCUGCGUUUGUGAAACGGGAACGUGAUGCUAGAGGUAUACCAUCAGAAUUCUGGUCAUACCCUCACAAGAAGAAGACAAAACAUGAAGAACUGUAACAAGUUUCAUAUUAGUAAAUAAGUAUAAUUAGUAAUGGAAACCCCAAUCUAUUAUUAAAGUAUUUUUUCUACUUAAAC